AAAGUUUGAGGGAUGACUUUAUUAAUUUGUUUUAGUUAACUAAGGUCUUACUCUUCAAAUAACUGCACCAGCUGAUCCUAUAGUCCGUCAUUUUCACUUCAAGGUGCCAAAGCUAAACGAUACAUCCAAUAACAAAACUUAAAGAACCGCUUCCGAUGCCAUGAUUCUUUAAAAGCUGCAAUUUCUCAUGCUCUAGCUUAUCCAUGGCUGUAAAACUUUCUCACAGCUACUUCUUUAACUCCUACAAACCUGAUGAUGCUUCUUUUAAACAAAUGGGAGCACCAAAAAGGGACCUUUUAGUCAAUCCAAGAAUCAGAAAAUCGAACCCGACGAAAAAACAGAUGUCAGAGACUCCAAAACGUGGUAUGAUUAAACCCAAUAGUCUUUCUCUUACGCGGUCUCUAUGUGAGUUUGUUGAUUCUGGUGCUAUGGAUAAUGCACUCUAUCUGUUUGAGAAAAUGAACCAACCAGAUACUUAUAUAUGGAAUGUUAUUAUUAGAGGUUUUUCUAAUAAAGGGUUAUUUCAAGAAGUUAUUGAUUUUUAUCAUAGAAUGGAAUAUGAAGGGAUUGGAAUUGAUAAUUUUACAUUCCCCUUUGUUAUAAAAGCAUGUGGCCGUUUAUUAUCUUUUAUUGAAGGUAAAAAGGUUCAUGGGAAGUUGAUUAAGAUUGGAUUGGAUCGGGAUAUUUAUGUUUGUAAUUCUCUUAUUGAUAUGUAUUUCAAAUUUGGGUUUGUUGAAGUUGCAGAGAAGGUUUUUGAAGCAAUGCCUCUUAGAGACUUGGUUUCUUGGAAUUGUAUGGUUAAUGGUUAUCGAGUGAUUGGUGAUGGACUGAAGUCAUUGAUGUGCUUUAAAGAAAUGUUGGGUCUUGGAGAGAAACCUGAUAGGCUUAGUAUGAUUAGUUCUCUUGGUGGUUGUUCUAUUGGAUGUUGUGUGCGUGGGGGGAAGGAAAUUCAUUGCCAAGUUAUUAGAAAUGGGCUUGAGUUGGAUAUUAUGGUGCAGACAUCUCUUAUUGAUAUGUAUGCUAAAUGUGGUAAAGUGGAUUAUGCAGAAAGGGUAUUUAAUGAAAUGACAUGUAAAAAUAUAGUAGCUUGGAACGCUAUGAUUGGUGGGUAUGCUAUAAAUGGUCAUUUUUUGGAAUCAUUUACUUGCUUGAAAAGAAUGCAAGAGGAUAACUUGAUUCCAGAUGCCAUUACAAUGAUAAAUUUGCUUCCAUCUUGUUCAAAAUUCGGAACUCUCUUGGAAGGUAAAUGUAUCCAUGGUUAUGCCAUUAGGAAAAUGUUUCUCCCUCAUUUAGUACUCGAAACUGCUUUAGUUGACAUGUAUGGAAAAUGUGGACAAUUGAAAUUCGCAGAAUGUGUAUUUGGUCGAAUAAAUGAGAAGAACAUGGUAUCGUGGAAUGCCAUCAUAGCUGCUUAUGUACAGAAUGGGCGGAAUGAAGAAGCUUUGGAAUUGUUCCAUUGCCUUCGGAAUCAGACUCUCAAACCAGAUGCGGUUACAAUUGCAAGCAUCCUACCUGCCUAUGCUGAAUUAGCCACAGUGAGUGAGUGUAAACAGAUUCAUGCUUAUAUCACAAAAUUAGAGCUUAGCUCAAAUACUUUCACCUCAAAUGCAAUUGUUUACAUGUAUGCAAAAUGUGGUGAUCUUCAGACUGCAAGAAGAUAUUUUGACAGUAUGUCAUUUAAGAACUUAGUCUCUUGGAAUACGAUGAUUAUGGCUUAUGCUAUUCAUGGAUUCGGAACAAUUUCUAUCCAAUUGUUUUCCAGAAUGAAACAAAACGGCAUAGAACCUAAUGAAAGCACUUUUGUUUCUUUAUUAUCAUCUUGUAGCAUCUCUGGUCUGGUCAAUGAAGGGUGGGAAUUGUUCAAUUCUAUGAAAAUGGACUAUAACAUUGAUUAUGGGAUAGAGCAUUAUGGUUGUAUGGUGGAUCUUCUUGGACGCACUGGAAAUCUUGAUGCAGCCAAGCAGUUCAUCGAAGAGAUGCCUCUGGUCCCAACAGCCCGGAUAUGGGGCUCUUUACUAACUGCAAGUAGAAACAAUAAUGACAUUUUCUUUGCCGAAUUUGCAGCCAAGCAUAUUUUGUCGCAUGACAACGACAAUACCGGUUGCUAUGUCUUGCUUGCUAAUAUGUACGCUGAAGCUGGAAGGUGGGAAGAUGUAGAGCAAAUUAAACUUGUUAUGAAGAAAAAAGGGUUGGCAAAGACGGUUGAUUGUUGCACGGUUGAGAGUAAAGGUAAAAGUCAGAAGUUCAUCAAUAAUAACAAGUCUCACCAACAAGCAUACAUGAUUUAUGAUGUGUUGGAUAUUAUCUUGAAGAAGAUUGGGGAAGAUGUUUAUAUUCAUUCUCUUAGUAAGUUCAGACCAGCAGAUGUGAUAAAAAAGAAAAUGAAAUCACCACAGAAUCACAGUGUCAAACUGGCUAUUUGCUUCGGCUUGAUCUCUACAGCAAUUGGAAAACCUAUCAUUAUUAGAAAGAACACUAGAAUAUGUAAAGAUUGCCAUAUUGCUGCAAAGAAGAUUUCAAGAGUUACUAAAAGAGAAAUUAUAGUGGGGGAUUCAAAAAUUUUUCACCACUUCGAGGAUGGGCGUUGCUCCUGCGGUGAUUAUUGGUGAUAAUGUUUUUUCAGUUUCAUUUACUUCAAGAUGAUGUUGUAAGCAAUCCUAGAUACUCUUCUUUGUACAAGCAUACGAAGUGUAUAUAUUUUUACCACUUACUGAUGUAAAUUUCACAUUUCAAAAGAAGUGAUCGGUUUCUCUUUAAAAA